GCAGAAAAAAGAAUCUGGACUGUCUUCAUCUAUGUCAUCUGAGGCUCUAUUUCAUGUGGACACCAUUGAUUGCUUCAGCAUUCGGGAAGCAGUAAGGAAAUGUCUACUUCAUGACAUGGAGAUCCAUAUUGUCAUGCAUCGAACUGGUCAACCGUAGAGCACCGUUUAUAUCUUCUUGUUCAGUCUCAGAAGGUAGCAUAUGAACGCAGAUAUUGUUUUGAUCAGUGCAAACGACCUCCUUACUUCUGCUCAAAGCAUGCCUGCAUUGCCAGCUCCCCUUCCACGUCUUCUUCUUCUCCUCCUCCUCUCCAUCUAUUCUCCAACUCUGGCCACCGAGUUCCUCUUCAAUGGGUUCAAAGAAGCUGCUAAUUUGAGCUUGGAUGCCUCGGCCCUUAUCACUUCCAAUGGAGUUCUCCAGCUGACCUAUGACAGCAAGAGACAGAUAGGUCAUGCUUUUCUUUCUUCUCCGGUGCACAUGCUUCACAACCGAUCCGUUGCCGCCUCAUUCAGCACGACCUUCGUGUUCGACAUCGUCACUGUUAAUGGCGGUGGCGGCGAUGGCCUGGCCUUUGUGGUUGCCACCUCCAAAACCCUGCCUGGAGCUGAGGAUGGCCAGUUCCUUGGACUCCUCAGCACCCAGAACAAUGGCAAUUUCUCCAAUCAUCUCUUUGCCAUAGAAUUCGACACGGUGAAGGCCAUUGGACCAUUCACUGACAUCGAUGAGAACCAUGUCGGUGUGGAUAACAACAGCCUCGAAUCAAAUGUCUCAAAGUCCGCCGCCUAUUACGCAGAUGGUGGCAAGAAGGUGUCGGUAGAUCUGCUGAGCGCGCAGCCAAUCCAGGCCUGGAUCGACUACAACGGUGUCACAAGCAUUCUGAACGUGACCAUCGCUCCGCUGCCGCUCCCCAGACCACGCCGCCCUCUCAUAUCGCACGCCAUCGAUCUAUCGCCAAUUUUCAAGGAGUAUAUGUACGUUGGGUUCUCCGCCGCUACCGGAAAGCUCACAAGCUACCACUAUAUCUUGGGUUGGAGCUUCAGCACGGAUGGAGUCGCGUCGAACCUCGAUCCAUCUCAGCUGCCCCUUCCCCCAAGGCAAAAGGAAGCAUCAACAGCUUCAAGAACUAGUAGACUGAAGACCGCAGUGGGGGCUCUCGUGGGGUUCCUGGUCUUUAUAGUGUUGAUUGCACUGCUUAUAAAGUCUAUUAAGGAUGGCAACUUGCUUUCAUUAAUUCAGUUAGUGAAAGAAUAUAAUGGUGGUAGCUCAAAUUACCUUCCUUUCCUUCCGAUUGUCGUCGUCGCCGAUGAACUAGUCGAUGGAGGAGGCUCGAUGGGCAGCACCCCCGCCACUGUCGGAGCAUCGACGAGCAGAUUACAUCACAAUGGAGACGAGUGCGAAGACGAGGACGAGGUUGGCGAACCAUGGGGAAUCGUCCCGGAGGUAGAGGAAGAGGAAGAAGAUAAACACAAAUGGGAGGGAGAGAAGGAGGAGGUCAUGAUAGUGGCGAACAGGACGACGAGGCUUCUAGUCCUCCUCAUCAACCAGAGCGACGAAGUUCAUAGCCGAGAUCUAAGUUUAGGCCGGAUGAGGCACAGGAACUUGGUGCAGCUCCAAGGAUGGUGCAAGCGGAACGAGGACCUCCUCCUCGUCUACGACGUCAUGCCCAAUGGGAGCCUCGACACCUUCCUCUACGACAACGACAAGAGCCAGCAACUGAGUUGGAACCAGAGGUUCAAGAUCCUCAAGGACAUAGCUUUCGGCCUCCUCUACCUGCACGAAGAAUGGGAGCAAGUGGUCGUCCACAGAGACAUCACGUCGAACAACGUGCUACUGGACGCCGACAUGAACGCAAGGCUGGGUGAUUUCGGCCUCGCUGGACUGCACGAGCAUGGAGAGAAUCCUCACACAACCCAUGUCGUAGGAACUCUCGGAUACAUCCCGCCGGAAAUGUGCCACGCCGGCAGGGCUGCUCCCAGUUCUGACGUGUUCGCCUGCGGCAUACUGCUCUUCGAAGUGGCCUGCGGCCGGAGGCCGAUACAGCCUACUGCUCCGCCGAGUGAGCUGGUGUUGAUGGAGUGGGUGAGAACAUGCCACAUGGACGACAAACUACUGGAGGUUGUGGAUCCAAGACUGGGCGGGUUGUACCCGGAGCAGGAGAUGAAGCUGGUGCUGAGGCUUGGGCUAAAUUGCUCUCGGUCCAUCCCUGAAGCGCGGCCAACCAUGAGUCAGGUGACGCGGCAUCUCGACGGCACCGACGACCUGACAGAUGAUGUUGCAUUUGUGUUCUCAGAAGCCGAUUCAAUGGAUUUGGCAUCUCGGCUGUCGAUCACUUCAUCUUGGAGUGGUAUGGGCUCUCGGUCACUCCAUUAA